AUGUCCGACUACUCGCGACAGCCGCUGGUCUUGUCCCUCCGCCAGCUCAAGAACUCGGCUGUUGCCUCCAUUGCCUACUCGUUCGACACCGUCGGCGGCUGGGCCAUUGGCAUUCAAAACUUUGACAUCCGGCCUUCGGGCAGCUCCAAGCCAGAUGUCAUCACGUCUCGCGUUGCCUACACCCUGCCUACUGAGACGGGGGCAUUGGUCACCACUUCAUCGUACCGGCCAAAGUGCGCUACAUGCUCCAACUUUCCCGACUUGUACAUGGAUGAUGACGAGGGCGGGCCAACCAAGCUCUGCUACAGCCACCCCUACCUGCUCGCGACCAUGCACGACAACACUCUUGUGUUGUUUGUUGUUACUGCGACGGAAAAGUCCCUUGUCAUUUCCAAUGCUACGAGGCUCUAUGGCCACACCUCGGGCAUCGCCGAUGCCGACGUAACACCAGAAGGCAGAGCUGUUAGUGUCAGCCAGCGUGGUGACGAGAUUCGAGUUUGGGAUCUCGAGGGACGCCAAAGCGACGUGAGCGUCGAAGUAAGGCCUAGAGAAGGCAGAGAUUACAGCGAUGCUGAUGACGAGGACGAUUCCUCAGACGAAAUAGAGCAUAGGCGAAACUGGGUUGGGACCGACGACCAUAGAGUCACAGUCCUGAGAGAAACGUCUGACGGCGCAGAGAGCUUGGUCACUUAUGAUUUCACUUGA